CGGCACCGCGAUCUCGCCGGGGCAGCGGGGGGCCGAGCGGGCGGCGCGGCGCAGGGGCCGACGGGGGCGCUGGGCGGCUGCGCCGGAAGUGCCCGGGACGCCGGAGGAAGCGCAGCGGCCGCCAGGCUGCCGAGCCGGCGGGGAGGUCCUGUGCUCCUCGGCUGGGCGCGGGCUGCUGGGAACAGGCGGCAGCGGCGCCGAGGCUGCGGGACACGGAGCGACCGGUCUGCGGGACGGGCCCCGGGUGGAGAGGAGGACGCGAGGAGGCCGCGCCGAGGCCAGGCGGCGAGCUCUGAAGCCCGGAGACCCGGGCCGCGGCACAGCUCCCACAUGGCCUCCGGAGGGGGCGCGGCCUUCGAGGAGCUGCCGCACGACGGCACGUGUGAUGAGUGCGAGCCGGACGAGGCUCCGGGAGCCGAGGAAGUGUGCCGGGAAUGCGGCUUCUGCUACUGCCGCCGCCACGCGGAGGCGCACGGGCAGAAGUUCCCCCGGCACCACCUGGCCGAGUACGUCCACGGAGCCGCCCAGGCCUGGACCCCGGGAGCCCGGGGGGAUGGGGCGGGAGAGGAAGAAGUCGAGGCCCAGGUAGAGAACGAGAAGGCCCUAGAAAGCGAGGCGGGGGAAGAGAGCGAGUCCGAGGAAGACUGUGAGUCCGAAGAAGAGAGUCAGACGGAGGAGGAGAGCGAGGACGAGAGUGAUGAAGAGAGUGAGGAAGACAGUGAGGAAGAAAUGGAGGAUGAGCAAGAGAGCGAAGCAGAGGAAGACAACCAGGAGGAAGGAGAAUCAGAGGCGGAGGGAGAAACUGAGGCAGAAAGCGAAUUUGACCCAGAAAUAGAAAUGGAAGCGGAGAGAGUGGCCAAGAGGAAGUGUCCGGACCAUGGGCUCGAUCUGAGUACCUAUUGCCAGGAAGAUAAGCAGCUCAUCUGCGUCCUGUGCCCAGUCAUUGGGGCACACCAGGGCCACCAGCUCUCCACCCUAGACGAAGCCUUCGAAGAACUAAGAAGCAAAGAUUCAGGUGGACUGAAGGCGGCUAUGAUAGAGUUGGUGGAAAGGUUAAAGUUCAAGAGCUCAGACCCUAAAGUAACCCGGGACCAGAUGAAGGUGUUUAUACAGCAGGAAUUUAAGAAAGUUCAAAAAGUGAUUGCUGAUGAGGAGCAGAAGGCCCUUCAUUUAGUGGACAUCCAGGAAGCAAUGGCCACGGCUCAUGUGACUGAGAUACUGGCAGACAUCCAGUCCCAUAUGGAUAGAUUGAUGACUCAGAUGGCCCAAGCCAAGGAACAACUUGAUACCUCUAAUGAAUCAGCUGAGCCAAAGGCAGAGGGCAACGAGGAAGGACCCAGUGGUGCCAGUGAAGAAGAAGACACAUGAAGACCUGCCAUCCCCAGCGGAAAAUCAGCCCUUCCCCUUGUGUGUAUGCGACGGCGUGUAUGUAACGGCUUCUGAUUCCUGUGAAAGCUGCCCAGCGACAAACGUGCUUCCACCAGAUGCCUCCCCAGAUCCACAGCAGGCACAUAGCUCUCCAAGGAAUGACCAGUUUUACUCUUACUGACUGUGCUUCUCAUUCUCUUGUCGUGAUAGGUCAAGGAAAAUGCCCCUUUGAUCAACCAGGAGCAAUUAAAGGGUCCUUCAGGUAAUGCCUCAAUGGCUGCUUUGAACUUACUCAGGAAAGCCGGCCCCUGUCAUAUUGUAUACCCAAACAGUAUCACUUCAUUAAGAAGGAUCUGGAAUAAUCUUGAAGGGCAGUCAGAAUUUGUUUCCCUACCUGCUAAUAAAACCACACUUUAUUCAUAUUGAAGCAUGGAAUAAAUGAGGGAAAAGUAGGGCCGAAUCAACCCACAUAGUUAGUCUCUAAAAGUCCAUUUAAUACGUCUGUGAAAAUGUGGUUUCAUGAAAUAAGAUAGAUGGCUUGAAAACAGAUAAAGAGUUAAAAGUUAGAAAUACAUAGAGAGGUUUUUAGUACAUGCGGUUACCCAGGAUUUCAGAUUCAUAAUUCAGUGCUGUGGAAAUGAAAAAAAAAAAAAAAGAAAGAAAAGAUUGAAGAGAUAGAAAGGAAAUGACUUUUUUUUUUUUUUUUCAAAAAAAAGGGGCCAAAGAGAUCUGAUUAAAAGUUGAAAUCGAAAUCAGUAUUUCUGAACUCAAAUUGCCUAAGUUUCCAAAAUAGUCACUAAAGGAUCUGAUGGAACCUGAAUUAUUUGAGUGGAUUCUGAGGUUUUAUGGGUCUUGUCACAGCAUGAAAGUCUGGAAUGUGUAUUACAAAUGGGAAUUUUCAGUGUAGGUUUUGCUCCCCCUCCCCCAGCUUAGCCUAAUUUGGCUUCAAUGCAGUGUGGGGAGAAUUCUUGGCCCUCUGUGGUGUGUUGAAUCGAGCUCCAUCUCCUGGCAGAUAUACCUUCCUUUUACUCCAGCGGGGACCCCUCUUCCCCUGGCUCUCCCCACCUCCAGGUCAUCUCCCACGCGCUGGCUCUCUCCUCUUAAGUAGCGUGAGCAGACUCACCGUGGUUGGACUCUGGUCUUUCCCCACUCCCAAAGCACAUUUCCUUACAACCAAGUUUUUUACUCCUAAAUAAGCAAUGAUGUACUAGGGAAUACAAAACUGCAAACUAAAAAACAUGCGUCUUCUGAAACAGCAGUUUUACUUAACAAAUGGUUUGGAGUCAGGGAAUGACAUUAUUUUUAGAUAAAACAAACACAGUUAUAUUAUGAAAUAGAAUGUUUGUAUAUAUAAACAGUAAAGAUAAAAUAG